UGUCUUUCUUCUGUUUUACCCACAACGGAAAUCAAUUCCGCCGGCCGGGGAAAUAUGAUGCGAGUGAUACGCUUCGAUUGACGAACAUUACGUAACCGAUCAACAUAUUCGUGAAACGGAACAGAAACAGCAAUGACGAGAUGAUAAGGAUCCCGAGAUAUUUUGGCUUCGGGCUCCCAAUCUUGCACAGCAACCCACGCACGUGGAGAUGAUGUUGCAAAAGUGAAGGAGCAGGGAAAUGGUCAGUACUUGCCUGAUUGCGUAUCGUAAGGUACCGUUCGUCCGAAUAUCAACCCCACGCCAAUUGCCUUGUUGCAUCUUUUGGUACUUCUUUCCAGUGAUCAGUUGCGCCUUUUCUCCAUGCGAUUGCCGAUUCUACAUCGAGUCAAUGCUGGGACUCAGUUUGCCCAGCGGCUCCUUAGCAGAUUUCAUAGCAUCCCCGAAUUGGCCGGUGUGUAUUCUCUCCCAUUUUUGCCUCUUCGACCGUCAUGUUAUCAGCGAGUUCUUGAGAGCUGGACCACCGGAAAACGUGGAUGAAUUCGGCGACCCGCAAAGGUCAACUGAUUUCAGAAGACCGACCCAACUGAGGUGCCUGUGCCCUGGACCCUUGAAACCUUCAAGAAGGCCCAUCGCCAGGGCCCGGGGAAAUGUCUACGCGAUGCCUAUUGGUCCGAGGAGGCAAGCGUUCCUGCGCUAGUGGAAACCUUCGCGAUGGAAUCUGGGACACGCACGAUGCAACAGCACCCGAGAACAGUCGUCCAGGUCCUGGAUGCUUUACCG